CCCUAACCUCUUUCUUCACCAUCAAAUGUCAACCGCCGCCGCCGUCUUUCCUCCUCCGCCUCCUGUCCCUAUCCCUACCUAUAUAACUAGCCUCGGCCUUGGCUACUCCAUAGCCAUAGCUCUAGGUUUCCUCGUUCUUAUCUCCACAAUCAUCCUCUCUUCUUACAUCUGCUGCCGCGCCUCACGCCUUCGCUUCUCUGCCUCCGCCGCAACCGCUAACGCAAACGCAUCUUUUAGAGACCGUAGCGUAAUCGUCCCAAGAAUCAUAUUCGUAGCUGAAGACGACGACCUUGAGUCUGGAAACGUCGUCGUUGGAGGACUUGAUCAUUCAAUCAUCAACUCUUACCCUAAAUUCCAUUUCACUAAAGAUAUCACCGCCGUCGUCAACGGUGAUGGAUUUCACGGCGGAGAUGGAGAUACGACGUGUUCCAUCUGUCUAUGUGAGUAUAUGGAAGAAGAGAUGUUAAGGAUGAUGCCUGAGUGUAAACACUACUUCCAUGUUUAUUGUCUUGACGCUUGGCUUAAGCUCAAUGGUUCUUGUCCCGUUUGCCGGAAUUCUCCACUUCCGACACCGCAAUCUACGCCGCAGUCAACUCCUUUGUCGGAAGUUGUGCCGUUGUCUCAAUACGCCGCCGAUCGGAGGAGAUCCAGAAGAUAAAACAGUUCUUUUUUUUGCUCCGUGGCAUUUAUUAUAU